AUGUUCAGAGAGAGAUGUAACUUAAUUUCAGAGUAUGAUGCCGAGGGUCGUGCACCGCUUCACACAGCUGUGGCGUAUCACCAGACCGAUACCGUCAGAUAUUUAAUAACUCCGAAGACGGUGAACAAGUCAUUUGAAGGAAAUGAUGAAAUGGAUAUGCUUGAAGCAAGUGGUGCUGGCGUUGAUCCCGCUCAACCAACGGGUUAUGGUACGACAGCACUGGAGGAAGCAAAAGAAAGAGGCUUCAAUGAUAUCCCGAAUGGCCAAGAAUCGAAGCCGUUGCUGAGUUUAGACUUUGGCCAAGAAUCGAAGCCGUUGCUGAGUUUAGACUACGUACCGGACUUGAGUGCCUGGCAAAUCACCUUCACAGGUUGGGAGUAUACACUCAACCCAUAUGCCCUUCUGUAA